GGUCAAAGGUGAAAGUUGAACCAAACCAGGAGCGCCUGCUUUACGUUGGGCGAAAAUGGCUAAACAUCAUCCGGAUUUGAUCUUUUGCCGAAAACAAGCCGGUGUUGCUAUCGGGAGACUUUGCGAGAAAUGUGAUGGAAAGUGCGUCAUCUGUGAUUCCUAUGUGAGGCCCUGCACGCUGGUGCGCAUCUGUGAUGAGUGUAACUACGGCUCCUAUCAGGGACGCUGUGUCAUCUGUGGAGGGCCGGGUGUAUCUGAUGCCUACUACUGUAAAGAGUGCACCAUCCAGGAGAAAGAUCGAGAUGGAUGUCCAAAGAUUGUAAACUUGGGCAGUUCUAAAACAGAUCUGUUUUAUGAAAGGAAGAAGUAUGGCUUCAAGAAGAGGUGAAGACUCUACGCUGCGGUCCAGUUCCUGUUUUAGUUUUUCAGCUUUUGCAGACUUUCUUUAAAACCUCAAGAAACUUUUUUUGAUUUGUCAAUAAAGCUCUGUUUUAUA